UUUAAUUUUAGGAGUAAAAGGAUUAAGCAAAGGGAGGGGCAGCGCAGCAAUCAAAUCGAACAUUGCAUUUGCAGGAAAGGGAGGAAAUGGCUUCAAAUGGAAACGUUUGUAGUUGGAUUCAAGAGCGUCUCUUAAGUGGAAAAGGAAGUGGUGUGUUCCUCAAUCCCAUCCAUUCUGCUACUAUUUUGCCCCGCAAGCCAACCGCCCUCUCCUUUUCCUCCUCCCUCCAACUGCAAGGAUUUGCGGCGGAUAGGAAGCAGCGCUCCUCCUUUGUCCAAGCGCCGGCCGUCCGCCGUGUGGUGGGAUCCCUUACCAAAACUCAAGGCCUUCGCUUUGCCGUGGUUGUCGCCCGUUUCAAUGAGAUUGUGACAAAGCAGCUCUUGGAGGGAGCUCUGGACACUUUCAGCAAGUAUUCAGUUAAUGAAGAAGACAUUGAUGUUGUUUGGGUCCCGGGUUCUUUUGAAAUUGGUAUUGUUGCGGAAAGGCUGGGGAAGUCUCAAAAGUAUCAUGCAAUUUUAUGCAUUGGGGCCGUGGUAUGA